GACCCACUGACCAGGCCUUCCCCCGGGCCAGAGCGAUGGCCGCCGAGAACAGCAAGCAGUUCUGGAAGAGGAGCGCCAAGCUGCCGGGGAGCAUUCAGCCCGUGUAUGGAGCCCAGCACCCUCCUCUGGACCCUCGGCUCACCAAAAACUUCAUCAAAGAACGGUCGAAAGUCAACUCAGUUCCUCUGAAGAACAAGAAGGCCUCCAGUUUCCACGAGUUUGCCCGGAAUACCAGUGACGCUUGGGACAUUGGCGAUGAUGAGGAAGAGGACCUUUCCUCACCGUCUCUCCAAACCCUGAACUCGAAAGUGGCUUUGGCCACUGCAGCCCAAGUCCUGGAAAACCACAGCAAGCUGAGGGUGAAACCGGAACGGUCGCAGUCGACAACAUCGGACGUCCCUGCCAACUACAAGGUCAUAAAGUCCAGCAGUGACGCCCAGCUGUCCCGAAAUUCCAGUGACACGUGCCUGAGGAACACACUCCACAAACAACAGUCUCUCCCUCUCCGGCCCAUCAUCCCCCUCGUCGCCCGGAUCUCAGACCAGAAUGCUUCUGGGGCCCCUCCAAUGACAGUCCGGGAGAAAACCCGCCUCGAAAAGUUCCGCCAGCUGCUUUCAAGCCACAACACUGACUUAGAUGAACUGAGGAAGUGGAGCUGGCCAGGCGUUCCCAGGGAAGUUCGACCAGUGACCUGGAGACUGCUGUCGGGCUAUCUCCCGGCAAACACCGAGCGGCGCAAGCUGACCCUGCAGCGGAAGCGGGAGGAGUACUUUGGCUUCAUUGAGCAGUAUUAUGACUCUCGGAAUGAAGAGCACCACCAGGACACCUACAGACAGAUUCACAUUGACAUUCCAAGGACGAACCCUCUCAUUCCCUUGUUCCAGCAGCCGCUCGUCCAGGAGAUCUUUGAACGAAUUCUCUUUAUUUGGGCCAUCCGACACCCUGCCAGUGGGUAUGUCCAGGGAAUUAAUGACCUGGUCACUCCGUUCUUUGUCGUCUUCCUCUCGGAAUACGUGGAAGAGGAUGUGGAGAACUUCGACGUGACCAACCUGUCUCAGGACAUGCUGCGGAGCAUUGAGGCCGACAGCUUCUGGUGCAUGAGCAAGCUCCUGGAUGGGAUCCAGGAUAAUUACACGUUUGCACAACCAGGGAUCCAGAAGAAGGUCAAAGCGCUGGAAGAGCUCGUCAGCCGGAUCGAUGAGCAGGUACACAGUCACUUCAGGAGGUAUGAGGUGGAGUACCUGCAGUUUGCCUUCCGGUGGAUGAACAACCUGCUGAUGCGGGAGCUUCCCCUGCGCUGCACCAUCCGCCUGUGGGAUACCUACCAGUCUGAGCCAGAAGGCUUCUCGCACUUCCAUCUCUACGUGUGCGCCGCCUUCUUGAUCAAGUGGAGGAAGGAGAUUUUGGAUGAGGAAGACUUUCAGGGCCUCCUCAUGCUGCUGCAGAACCUGCCUACGAUCCACUGGGGCAACGAGGAGAUCGGGCUGCUGCUGGCUGAGGCCUACAGACUCAAGUACAUGUUUGCGGACGCCCCCAACCACUACCGCCGAUAGGUGCUGUCUCUCCUGGGGACCCAGACUGCCCCCAUCUCUGAUGGCAAUUUCAUCACUGUGGCCACCGUGCAAGCCGUGGACCCCGGCCAGGAACCACUCCUGCUGUACAAAGCUCGCCCCCCCACCGCAGCCACCACCACCACCACCACCCAGGUCUUAACUUCCCAGCAUCCGUCACUUUGUCUCGGGAUGUCUAUCUGGGACCACUGUCAGUAUUCUGUGCCGUGUGGAUGGGCCGGGCUCUGGGAGAGGGCAGAGGGAAAGGGAGAGUUCUCUUUCCCUGGAAGACACUGGACAAAAGAAGGGGAGGCCCUGGGUCUGCCCCCCAUUGUCCAUCCUCACCUGCCAGCUCUGCCCAGGAACCAGCUGGUGAUGUUUUCUUUUACUUUCUUUUUUUAAACAAGGAAAACACACAUUUUCUAAUAUGCCCAAGGCAUAGGGUGUUAGGCUCUGUGCUGUUGCUUCUGUGACUCAGAUUGAUCUGGUCACUGGUCAGAGACACUUCGUUUUCAGAACACUCCCUGCUCUGCCUUUUUCCCCUCACUUCUCCUCCUCCUCCUGUCCCAGCUGAGCCAGUGACCCAGUGAGUGAGCCCUUCCUCCUCAGGCAGAGGAGAGCCGCGUUCAUCAUCCUGAGGAGAGGCCUGCACUCAAGGGCUGGGAAGUACGUUUGUCCUUUCCUCAUUGGUUAUCUGUUCCCGUGUGUGUGUGUGUGUGUGUGUGUGUGUGUGUGUGUGUGUGUGUGUGUGUGUGUGUGUUUGUGUAUAUGUGAGUGUGGGUAUGUAUAUGUGUGCAUGUGCGUGCGUGCACAUGACUGUUUGUGAGUGUGCUAGUGUGUGUGUACAAGCCCAUCAGCAUUUUGUCACAUGUCUGAAUUUGUGUCCAGACUAACCCAUCAGAACCGGUUGGGAAGGACCCCAAGGACCAAGCGUCUGAUGGUCCCUCUCAAGGGACCACAGCAGGGGAGGGAGAAAGGGGGUUGUUUUGUUCCGUUUUAACCACCUUUUUGAACCAUUUUUCCAGGGCGAAGCCCUCCAAGAUAUUAUGUAUAAAUUGUGUCAUUAUGUAUAUGGGUAAAGGUGUACAAAUCUAUGUCCUCUUUGCAGCAGAUAUGAUUUUAUAUUUAUAGCGUGCGUUGACAAGUGAAAGCAAGCUAGGCCUUUAGCACAGGUGGCUUAAGGGAGGGGUGGGGCCAGGUAGAGGUGGCUGGAGGGUGUGGCCAGCAGAUGGUCAUCAGUCAGUGUCUCCGCCUUCUUUCUCUUCCCUUACUCCCCACCCCUCCGCUGGCCUCUGAGGAAGAUCUGCUCUGUCAUCCGUUGCAGAGCUCCGCUUUCCUCACCCCUCUCCCCACCCCAGGAAGGACGAGUCAGAGGCCUCCCUCAGGUUUUGUGGCCCCAGCCUUGAUCUUCUCAAUGUAAGUCAGCACUGUGACAGAGCUGGCUGACAAGUCGGUGCCAAGAGAAGGGGUCCCUGUAUGUCCCCAAGGCCGGGAGCUCUUCCUGGAAAGUGGCAUUAAGUGUCCCCUACUACCACCAUCACACCCCGCAGCUCAGGAGAUGGAGGCCCCGGGCCAGAGUUUCCAUGUUUGGUGGUGGAGGAGGGGGAGGAUGGAAGCCAGGAGCCAUCGUCCCCUGGGGUGCCAGGCAGUGUUUCCAGGGUGACACCCCGAAGUUCACUUCCUGUGUCACUCCACCUCAGGCCACACCUCACCCCUGUGAGUUAGCUCCCUCAGCCAGGCUGUUUCUCAGGCGUUCUUCCCAUCCCCCACCUGCCCCCUGUGCCUCAGUAGCCUCCUCUUUCACAGGCGAGGACUCGAGACCCCCCCUCCAGCAGACUGAGUAAAGACAGACUUGUGUUCCCAAGUGGUGGUUUUAUUUUUUUAGUUUUAUGUUUGUAUGGGAAAUUGUGGAUAAAGUGAAUGGACUGUAAAUAAAUGGUGUUUCCUCCUCCA